GUCAUCCAUAAAGUGCUGUGUCUGGCGGGGCUGCUUUGUUUUCCUACCGGUGUCUGUGCUGCUGUACUCUUUUAUUUUAGUAGUCGUUUCCGUUUGAGGGUCAUGUUCCCUAACUUUGCUGCGUGGCCAGCGCAGCUGCGCAAACAAGCGCGAGCCGUGCGCUGCUGAUGUGACGGAGAAGGAAGCGAGCACGUUUGAGCAGGCAUCGGUUUGUGUUCAUGUGAAGGUGGGGAUGGCGAAACCAUGUGGCCUAGUGAAAUCCUGUCACCUGGUGAAGCCUGUAUCAGCAACCCGGGUUGCUGGCAGAUACUUAUCUCAUCAAAAGGGCCUGCCGAGUCUGCCCGUCCCACCUUUACAGCAGACCUGUGAGCGAUACAUCACUGCCCUGGAGCCCAUUCUGGAGAUGGAUGAGCUAAAGCACACCAAGGAGCUGGUGGAGGAAUUCCAGAAAGCAGGAGGGAUCGGCGAGGGACUGCAGUCAGGCCUUGAGAAGAGAGCAAGCAGAACUGAAAACUGGCUGUCCGACUGGUGGGUUCAGGUUGCUUACCUUGACUACCGGAUGCCUGUGGUGGUGCAUUCAAGUCCUGGGUUGGUCUUGCCUCGCAUGAACUUCACUGAUAAGCAGGGACAAGUGAGGUUUGCUGCUAAACUGAUAGCAGGUGUUUUGGACUUUAAGACAAUGAUUGACAAUGAGACUCUCCCAGUGGAGUACAUGGGAGAAAAGCCCCUGUGCAUGAAUCAGUAUUAUGAGGUGCUGUCAUCCUGCCGCAUCCCUGGUCUGAAGAGGGACUCGGUGGUUAACCACGCCAAAAGCUCCAGGCCUCCCAAACACAUCACAGUGGUGCACAACUGUGAGUUCUUUGUCCUGGACGUCUACAACAGUGACGGCUCUGUGCUGACAGCGGAGCAGCUGUGUGCUCAGCUGGAGAAGAUCUGCAACUCCUCACCGAAGCUUAACAACCAACCUGUUGGUAUCCUCACCACCCAGCAUCGCGACACCUGGGCUAAGGCCUACAUCAACCUCAUCAAGGAUACGAAGAACAAAGAAUCGGUGUUAGCCAUCCAAAGGAGCAUAUUCACCGUGUGUCUCGACGGAGGGAUGCCUGGAGUGUCUAAUGAAACGUACCGCAGCUGCGCCGCCAUCCAGAUGCUGCACGGAGGAGGCAGUCAGUGGAACAGCGGCAAUCGCUGGUUUGACAAGACCCUGCAGUUCAUUAUCGGGGAAGAUGGGAUGUGUGGCGCCAACUAUGAACAUGCCCCAGCUGAGGGCCCACCCAUCGUGGCCUUGAUCGACCAUGUUGUAGAGUACACGAGGAAGCUGGAGUUGACACAGUCCCCCGCUGUGCCUUUACCUGUACCCCAGAAACUGCACUUCAACAUCACACCUGACAUUCAGAAAGACAUCGAGGAGGCCAAGCAGAGCAUGGACACACUGGCCCAGGACCUGGAUAUGAGGGUUAUGGUAUUUAGCCACUUUGGGAAAAAUGUCCCCAAGGCGCACAAAAUGAGUCCUGAUGCCUUUAUACAGGUGGCUCUACAGCUGGCCUACUACAGGAUGUACCAGCGAUGCUGUGCGACAUAUGAAAGCGCCUCUCUGCGUAUGUUCAGACGAGGACGUACAGAUACGAUCCGAUCGGCCUCCAGUGCCUCGGCGGCCUUUGUCCGGGCCUUUGACGACCCCAACAGACAGAACACGGAGAAAGUGGAACUAAUGGAGAAAGCUGUGAAAGCGCACAGGUCAUACACCAACAUGGCCAUCAGUGGCCAAGCUGUGGACAGACACCUCCUGGGCCUGAAGAUGCAGGCAGUCGAAUCAAAGCUCUCACUACCUGAAAUCUUCAAAGAUGCUGCCUACGCUAAAGCAUUACACUACCGGCUGUCCACCAGUCAGGUGCCGUCUAAGACAGACUGUGUUAUGUGCUUCGGCCCAGUUGUACCCGACGGAUACGGCGUAUGCUACAAUCCUAUGAAUGAUCACAUCAACUUUGCCAUGUCGUCCUUCAACUCCUGCCAAGGAACCAAUGGAGCGCAGCUGGCCCAGUCCAUGGAGGGCGCACUGCUGGAUAUGAAGAAGCUCCUGGAUCAGACUCCAAAAGCCAAACUGUGACGUCCUAACUUUGUUAGUCUUCCUGAAGACUCGGUGGACGGUAAAGGGCUCUGAGUCAGACCCAACGCCAGACUGUCCACCUCCAGAAUGUCUGCGUCAGUGAGCUAAUUCAGCAUCUUACUGAUUGAACCUUGCACUUUAAAUGAUGUGAUACCUAGUGUGCAGACAUGUGAACUUCUUUGAUUUGGAUGCUUAUAAUCACAAACACAUAUUACAGUAAUUUCUUUAACUCAUGAACACGUCAAGCAUCUACACUGCCAGUAAAAAGCAUUUUGUAAAUUUAAAUGUUGCUUUAGUGUAAACCUUUUUGGAAUUUAUUUUUCUAGACAGAAACCUCUUCAGCCUCAGACCUGACUGAUUGACUUGUACUGGCCAGCUGUCAUUUAAUCAAUGUCAUGUUGUGGUCUGCUGAUGAACAUAUAAUUGGUCUAAUGGAAGAGAUGCAGUUAUUAUCACAGUAGAAAUGAUUUCAAGUGGAGAAAAGUGUUUCUGUAAUUAGAGGUAUUAUGCUGAUUGGUUCAGUAGUUCAAUGCGUCCCAGUUUGAAGUGAUCUGCUGUUUUCUAUUGCUGCAUGUUUUUUAAGCUAUACUGUAGCUUUAUUAUUUCCAACACUCUCUUAUGUGUUUGGCAUCAGCAGAUCAUGUUUAUUUUAUUGGGCUGAAUUACAGGGAGAUUCUAGCCUCUAUUAUCUAUGCUACAACCCACAGGAGCCAGUCAUCAACACUUCACCCUGAGACACGUAAACCUCCAGCCAGUUUGUUUACAAUGACAAUGACAUGAAAAUGUUCGGACACACCUUAAUCACAAUUAUUGACUUAAAGAAGCUGGCACCUUGGACAGUGUGUGUGUGAUCAAUGUAAGACUAUCAAGACUUGAAAUAAAUAUAUAUGAUUGUCAAAACCCUGAA